AGACAUUGGAAGCAUGUCGAGUCUCCAAGGAUUGGGACCCUCCCUCAAGCCUGCAUGACUCGGAGUUUCCCGAAGGUGGUCUGGCAGCUUGGGUCACUGCUUUUGGAGCGUUUCUGGUACAGUUUUGUGGGUUUGGGUAUGCCGCUUCAUUUGGUGUCUAUCAAGACUUUUAUACCCAACAUUACCUGACAAAUGAGACGUCAUCCGCUAUAUCAUGGAUUGGGAGCACAAGCGCAUUUUUACUCAUGACCGUGGGCCUCGUGUCAGGUUCACUGCACGAUCGAGGAUAUUUUUACUAUCUCAUAAUUGUCGGAUCAUCUCUGCAGAGUUUCUGUCUAUUUAUGUUGUCUUGGUCGAAACCCGAUCAGUACUACCAGAUAUUCUUCUCGCAAGGCUUGGGCUUGGGUAUCGCAUUUGGGCUGCUGUAUAUCCCUAGCAUGGCUGUAAUCUCGCAUCAUUUCCGGCAGAGGCGCACACUAGUUAUGACGUUUGUCGCUACGGGCUCAUCGCUAGGUGCCAUCAUCCAUCCGAUCAUGCUCAAUCAUCUCGUCAACGGUCCUCUUGGCUUCGCUAAAGGCGUCCGCGCAAGCGCGGGGUUGAUCAGCUCACUUCUCUUGACUGCAUGUCUGUGCAUGCGAACUCGCCUUGAUCCGCCAGCGACACCAGUAAACUAUAUUGUAGUAGCUAGAAAAUGUAUUUGCGACGUACCAUUCAUUCUCAUGAUAGCGGGGGGCUUUCUUUUCCAGAUCAGCUUCUACUACCCAUUAUUCUUUUUUCAACUCGACUCUAUCAAGCACGGUAUCAGUGUCAACUUCUCAUUUUACUCUCUAGCAAUUCUAAAUGGGUCCAAUUUUAUAGGGCGACUCACGUCGGGAUUCAUUGAGGCAUUCACGGGUGUUCUGAACUUGACUAUAAUGGCGUCAAUUUCGUGCGGUGCGCUCAUUUUGGGCAUGAUUGGGUUGAGUAGCUUGGCCAGCGUCGUUGUGCUUGGUGUGCUUUAUGGUUAUUUUUCGGGGCUGAACACUGCGAUGGCGGCUCCACUCGUGGCUACUUUAACGCCCGACCUCUCUGAGCUUGGGCAAGUGAUUAUUUAUGUCUGAACGUACGAACCAUCUUAUUUGGAUCAUAGCGCGCGGAUGGGCAUCUGUCUCUUCACUCUUGGAUUCGGAGGUUUGAUUGGCACACCCAUAUCCGGCGCUCUGCUAACAUCUAGUUAUACCUGGUGGAUACCGACUCUGUUCUCUGGGAUCGUUUCACUGGCUGGUAGCAUGAU